CUGACAUGAUAGCGUCAUGGGGACGUAGAGCCGCAACACCCUAGCGCGACAUUUCCACAUUUCCUCCCCAUCACCAUUACAAUUACCCACCACACCUCCACCCUCUCAACUCCCAGGAAUCUCUCAAAAAAGACGCCUGCAAACCCCGCUAUGAAACCAAUAUAACACCACUCCAAAAAAAAAUGCCACCAUUCAAAUCCGCCCGUCCCCUCCUUCACCACCCAUCACACCACCUCCCUCAACGCCGCACCUUCCUCCCAAACCCCUUCUCCGCUCUCACCCCCCCUUCUUCUUCCUCCUCCCCCCCUCAAAUCCUAACCGCGACGCGAACCCUCCCCUUCCCUCCGGCCCCCGUCUACUCCAUCAUCGCCGACGUCCCCGCUUACUCGUUCUUCCUCCCCUACUGCGCCCACAGCUCCGUCUCAAAAUGGUCCUUGCCCGAUAAGCGCUACGGGCGGCGCUGGCCCUCCGAAGGGGUAAUAACAACGGGUUUCGGCGCUAUAACGGAGAGUUUUGCGAGUCGGAUUUAUUGUGUACCCGGCAGGUGGGUGGAAAGUGUGGGGGGUGAGGCGGAGACGUCGUUGGAGGCGGAGGAGAUUGCGCAUCAUUUUGAUGAAGGCGAGACACAAGGGCAGAGGAGGAGUCCGGGGGAGAAUGGACUGUUGACGUAUCUAAGGAGUAAAUGGGAAGUUGAGGCAGUACGGGAGGCGCAGACAAGAGUGAGUCUGGUGGUGGAGUUUUCGUUUGCGAAUCCAAUGUAUGCCGCGUUGAGCGGGGGCGUGGCGCCCAAGGUUGCGGAAUACAUGGUUAAAGCUUUUGAGAGGAGGGUGCAGGAGGUUUUGGAGAGGAAUCCGGACAUGGCCAAGGCGAGUCUGGCGGAUUUGGAUGGGAGUGCGAUGAAGAGGAAGUAAUGGGCUACAUCACGGUAGCAAAAGCAUAAAGACAUCACCUGCAUAAUAGACGGUAGCAGCAUUUUUGAGCGAAU